UCACUUUCGUCGCACCAAAGGGGAAAAACACGCAUAAAACGUUGAGCAAUGUUGUCCAGCAUGAAUUCGGUUUCCAGAUUCGUAUUAACCAGACGAUGCGUACAUACAACAGCAUUCGCCGCGAAAUCACAGUCGGGCCGCUACAAGAUUUCGCCAAAAGGCGACCGUCCUCUUACGUAUGAAAUGGCAAAUCCACCACACCAAAUAGCGCAUCGGAAAGCAUGGAACUCCUGGAAUACAUCCAAUCUCGAGGGUGAGUUACGUCCUUCCCAAACCAUGCUGGAAGACGAUUUCAUUCGCCGGUUCAUGGCCGGUACUUGGCACGGUAUGGUACUGUCGGAAGUGAUCAUCAAACGGCAACAUAAUCACGUUCGCAUAGCAGCGAUCAUCAGCCGGUCGAUUCCGGCAAGAAAAAUGUACUUUCUAAUCGGAUACUGCGAGGAGCUGCUGGCAUACUGGUUACAAUGUCCAGUUACCCUCGAGCUGCAAACCACUGAGGAUAAAAAAGAUGUCAUCUUUAAGUACAUUUAGUUCACCGCUUGGUACGGGCGAACGUUUGCAAUAGGAGCUAGUUUGUAUAUAGAAGAAACAAAAAACAUAAAUAACCUUGCAAAAUGAACAA